AUGGCACAAGUCCACUAUCUCGGCACCUACCCGCCUUUUAUGCUUCCAGCACCCUACCAGAUAGUAUAUCUCGAGCAUCCACAGACCGUUAAGCAGCAUCCAGUGGGAAGUUCUUACCCGUCAGUCCUGCGGGUCAAUGCUUUUCAGCAAUAUCCAACAUCAACAGUCAUUCAGAGCGCCCACAGCGCCUCCCAGCCUCGCCCAGUUGAGACACCAUACUCGACGACCCAGUUGACCCCCAAAAUCCCACCGCCUACGAGCCCGCAGCCUCCCACGCGAGAAGAGGUUCGGCAGAUAUUCGCCGAACCAUCGUUAUCUGUGGAUGUUCAACCAGUCUUGACCCAGAUCAAGACAGUCAAUGGACACAUCGUCAAAAAUGCGCUAGAUGAUGCAAGCAAGUCCCUGUCUCAUGUCACGAAACUGGUCUUUGAGCACGCCAAGUCCGAUAGCAGAUUCCAGUUCUCCAAAGCCGGCAACGGCCUAGAUGACCACAACAUGAAUAUCAUGAUGGAUCUGUGGGGGAAUCUCAACCUCUCCUGGCUGGUUCUUCUGCAGCGCCAAAGAGACCUGAUGGAUGCCAAAAUGGGGAAGUGCCCGAAGGGUGUCGAUCCCGGGGCAGGAAACCCACAAAUCCUCUCCUUGAAAGAUCUGGAGAAAUUGAUCAACGACCUGGCAAAAUCCAUCGACCCGCUGGAGAAUAUGGGACUUGUUGAUUACCAGAGAGGUAUAUGGGAGGAGGAAAUAAUUGACAUGGCCCUGAAAUGCUUUCGCCACGAAUACUAUAAUUCAGAGGGAGUUUAA